AUGCCUAAACAACUUGGAGAGAUUGAGCAGGAGUUCUUCACUCUCAAAGAUGGGCAUGUCAACUUUCAACAGGAACGAUUAAGAACAGAAAAUCAUAAUUCAGUAACAAAUGCAAUCAUGAGAUUCCGUGACUGGAGAGCUAGUUUUGAGAAUCAAGACAACACUGUUACUGCUCAAAAUAUCCCAUAUGAUUUCUUUGAGCUGUUUGCUGUAUUAGCGCAUGAUAGUGACGAGCCACUAGACACACUUGCAGAACGAAUAAAUCAAAUUUUAACCCCAUUUGGAAAGAAAACGAGCGAAUCAUUUCUAAAAGUAGUAAAAGACAUCAUCAAAGUGACAGCCUAUCAGGAAAGAUAUGGUCUAGGUGAUGUGGUAUUAUUACUAGAAGGUGCUCCAUCGGCUAUACCAGACAGAUUUUCAUUUUACCGAUGGCAAGCGCAUGAUCCUACAAACUUUCCUUCAGGCAUACAGACAGCAGCUGCAUCUAGGAGAGAUGAAAGAAAAAGAUUUUCUAGAGAAUUGACGAGGGCUUUCCAGUGUUUAGACAUAGACAGACAGCUAGAACUGUUGCUUUCGAUACAUGAGCCAAAGCUUCGUACAAUCCUAAAGACGCCAAACAAAUCAAUGACAGACGAAGAAUCAGGUCUAUUUACACCCUUCAAAGUCAAUCGCUACACAACCGUUGCGCCCAUCGUCAGUCAUUCACGUAAACGAUUGGCAUCAAACUUUACUACUCUUAUAUAUUCUCGUCUAGAUCCAUCCAUCGAUCUAAAGCAGCGAUUUUACAAUAGCUUCUCUGCGCAGUCCAAGAAGAAGAGAGGUUAUCAACUCAAUUUGGAUAUAAAGACAGCAUUGGAAAACAAUGACUAUGAUAAACUGUGUCAAUUAAGGAUGAAGUUACUAUCAUUUCAUGAGGAUGUCAGGCCAGCUUAUUAUGGAACUUGUUCAAAAACAAGUCAUACAGUCAAUGGCAAGAAUCCAUUUGCAAAGGACAUAGACUUGUUGGUCUAUGACUUUGAUAGUGAGCCUGAGUGGGAUCAUGAUGUGCUGACGGAUGAUAUAUAUGACCUGGUGUCUUCAGACGCAGAAUUCAGUGGUCUAAGCGGUUUGGAGAGUGAUUCGGAUGACCAAGAUAAAGAGGAAGAGAUCAAGCGUGAUGAAAAUAUCCCAGCAGACAAAUGGAUUGUCCCUGACGGUUAUCUUACAGACGAUGAAGAUUCUCUCAACGUACGUCCAGUAAGGAGAAUGUCAGUUGUCAGUCGUCCUGCUAAAUGGCCCAUGUUAACCAGUAAACAUUUCCCUAUGAAUCCUGUCAUCCUUGGCCCCUCUUAUGAAUCAACGGAUGAGCCUGCAAACCAUCCUCUGUCUGAUUUCAAAUUGCGUACGCUAGAAGAUAAAGCAUUUUUAAAUCACCCUGUGUUUCAUAGCAACAAAUUCCUUGAAGAUAGUUAUGAUGAGGAUACAAACGACAUGACCAGCUCAAAGCCCUUGGUAGCCAUUUGUGAGCCUCAAAAGACAUAUCCUCGGUUCUUUGAUAAAGAAGUGGAUAAGCUCACCGAAAACGAACGGUUUGAUCUGAUUGAAACAAUUGUAGAAAAUGAAUCCAAGACGAUGAUGGGGAUAUUAGGUGCGAUUCGGUCCAAAAAGGUUCUUCGACAAUACACACCAGCUCAAUUACAGGCCAUGGUUCAUGACGUGGCUGUUCAAGAGAUCAGAGACGAGGAUAAGGCAAGAACAAAGACAAAAAAUAGACGUGUCAUUAUAAUGAAGCAAGUUUACUAUGAUUAUUAUUAA